UUUCAGAUGCAAAUAAUAACAAUAUUCCAAAUGAUUUAUGGAGUGCCCUCGUUCUGUCUCAUGUGUUUUUUCUUCAUCUUAAUUUUUAUAGAUAGAAAUAAUUUAAGUAAUCCAUUUUAUCGACUUGUACAAAUCGAUAUUUUUGUGAACAUAACUUGCUACAUCAACACUUGGAUGUCAAUUCGCUUGGAGAAUUUUGAAAUUGGGAUGCUCAUUUUGAUUUUUAUCCAAAAAAAUAUCCCCGGAUUUUUGACAGUGUCUAAGCUUUGUAUUGGAUUAUACUUCCACAUGCAAAACAUUACGGGAUUAUCACUAGUAGUGUACAGAUUCACAUCAGUGCAUUUUAUAAACUCGGAGAAGCAUUGGGGUCGAUAUUACCUUCUUGUGCCAAUAUUUGGAUUUGUGUAUUCAUUUUUAGUAAUUUCUCCAUGGUGGAUUUUCGGAAACUUCAUGGCAAAAGUUGACCUUGUAGAUGGAAAGCUUCAUACUACAGUGAAUCCAAAAUCCCUAUUCAUGCAUUCCACCAUCAACUAUCUAUUCUCAUUAUUCUAUUUUCUACUAAUAAUUUUAGUUGGGGUCUGGACAACAAUAACUCUACAAUCACGAGGGAAAAAGAGUGGAUCUAUUAGGAAUCAGCAUUUCGUACAGAAGUUGACAAAAGUUAUUGUAUGUAAUAGUGUUUUAAUGUCUGGAAAUUUGUUGUUACUGGUAGUAUUAAGCGUGUUUUACAUUUUAUUUCCAAUGCAAUCGGCAGUUUCAAAAUUUAAAUGGAUUGUGAUCACUUUCACGUCAGAUAUGGUGACCCUUGCAAUGCCUUACCUAUUACUUGCAUUUGAUUCAAAUAUCCGCAGAAUUCUCCGAAUUGAAAAAAGGAAACAUUUAUUUUUGGAUGGUGUUAGGCUGAGAACUGUUACACAUCAAGCUGAAACUUGAUCCACCUUAAACUUUGUUUUUUUUUCAGAUUUUUCAGACUUCCAAAA